AACCCGGGGAGAUGUUGUGAGGGCGGCUGCAGGGCUGAGGAAAGUAAGCAAACAAAGAAGCUGCUUGCAGACUGAGCGGGAGGGGCCGGAGAAGAUGCAACCGGAGGAUGCUCGCUAUCUGAAGAGGUUGUUCUGUGCCUUAUAAUGUAAGCAAUUUACAAUAUCAGUGGGGAAGAGAGAUACUGAAGGAGAACAUUUUUCAGAUGUCAGCAUUGUUUCAAUGGCAGCACACUCAAUCAAGCCAAAAAGAAAAGUGAAAGCGGGUAACAUAGAUGUCCACCCAACGGAGAAGGCUUUGGUUGUUCACUAUGAAGUGGAAGCUACAAUUUUGGGUGAGAUGGGUGAUGCCAUGCUGGGAGAACGAAAGGAGUGUCAGAAAAUUAUCCGUCUGAAAAGCCUGAAUGCUAACACUGACAUUGCGUCUCUGGCACGGAAGGUUGUGGAAGAGUGCAAGCUCAUCCAUCCAAGUAAACUAGCAGAGGUGGAACAGCUGCUUUAUUACCUUCAGAACCGCAGGGAGAGUCCUCCAGGAAGAGAAAAGCGGGAAAAGAUCAGCAAACCUAAGGACCCACCUCCUUUUGAAGGAAUGGAAAUUGAUGAAAUAGCAAAUAUUAAUGAUAUAGAAGAUUACAUUGAAUUGUUAUAUGAGGACAUACCUGACAAAGUGCGAGGUUCAGCACUCAUUCUUCAACUGGCUCGUAAUCCUGACAACUUGGAAGAAUUGCUACAAAAUGAGACUGCAUUGGGAGCUUUGGCUCGAGUGUUGCGAGAGGACUGGAAGCAAAGUGUAGAGCUUGCAACCAACAUUAUUUACAUAUUUUUCUGUUUCUCUAGUUUUUCUCAAUUUCAUGGGCUAAUCACUCACUAUAAAAUUGGUGCACUUUGUAUGAACAUUAUCGACCAUGAACUGAAGAGACAUGACCUAUGGCAAGAAGAGCUUCAUAAGAAGAAGAAGGUAGUUGAGGAUGAUGCUGAUAACCAAGUACUGAAGAAAGACUAUGAGAAAACAUACAAGAAAUAUCAGGGCUUAGUUAUCAAGCAAGAACAACUGUUGAGAGUUGCUUUCUAUCUUCUAUUAAAUCUGGCUGAAGACACGAGGACUGAACUGAAAAUGAGGAACAAGAACAUUGUCCACAUGCUUGUGAAAUCACUCGAUCGAGAAAACUUUGAGUUGCUGAUCCUAGUGAUGUCAUUUCUAAAGAAACUCAGUGUAUUUGUGGAGAACAAGAAUGAUAUGAUAGAGUUGAACAUCAUUGAGAAGUUGUCCAAGUUGGUGCCCUGUGAACAUGAGGAUCUUCUGAAUAUUACCUUGCGCUUACUACUGAAUUUGUCCUUUGAUACUGGGCUUCGGAACAAGAUGGUCCAAGUGGGGCUACUCCCAAAAUUGACUGCCUUGAUAGGAAUUGAAAACCAUAGACAAAUAGUGAUGUGCAUUCUGUACCAUGUCACCAUGGAUGAUCGCUUCAAAUCCAUGUUUGCAUACACCGAUUGCAUCCCGCAGUUAAUGAAGAUGUUAUUUGAAUGUGCAGAGGAGCACAUUGAUAUGGAAUUAAUAUCCUUUUGUAUCAACCUAGCUUCUAACAAGAGAAAUGCGCAACUGAUCUGCGAAGGAAAUGGCUUGAAAAUGCUAAUGAAACGAGCCUUCAAAUUCAAGGAUUCACUAUUGAUGAAAAUGAUCAGGAACGUUUCUCAGCAUGAAGGUCUAACCAAACAUUUAUUCAUUGAUUAUGUCGGGGACCUGGCAGCUCAGAUCAAUAGCCAUGAAGCUGAAGAAUUUGUUAUAGAAUGUCUCGGAACACUUGCUAAUCUUACAGUACCGGAUCUAGACUGGGAGCUUGUUCUGAAGGAGUACAACUUGGUUCCAUUCCUUAAGGACAAAUUGAAACCAGGUUCAACAGAAGAUGACCUGGUUCUGGAAGUGGUAAUAAUGAUUGGUACCGUUUCUAUGGAUGAUUCAUGUGCUGCAAUGCUAGCAAAAUCGGGAAUUAUUCCUGCUCUUAUUGAACUUCUAAAUGCCAAACAAGAGGAUGAUGAAUUUGUCUGCCAGAUUGUAUAUGUCUUUUACCAAAUGGUUUUCCACCAGGCUACCAGAGAUGUGAUUAUAAAGGAAACACAGGCUCCAGCAUACUUGAUUGACCUGAUGCAUGAUAAAAAUGCAGAGAUACGGAAAGUGUGCGACAAUACAUUGGACAUUAUUGCGGAAUAUGAUGAAGAGUGGGCCAAAAAAAUUCAAAGUGAGAAGUUUCGCUGGCACAACUCUCAAUGGCUGGAAAUGGUGGAGAACCGCCAGAUGGAUGAAAGUGAGCCCUGCAUAUAUGGUGAUGAUGGAAUAGAGACAUAUAUCCAUGAAGGAGACAUUCUUGAAAGACCUGACCUCUUCUACAGUGCAGAUGGACUUUUACCCCCUGAUGGAGCUAUUAGUCCAGAUUUUUUAAGUGACUAUCAAUUUCAAAAUGGUGACCUGGUUGGACAGCAUCCUUUUAGCAGUAUGGCAAUUGAUGGGUUUGGUCAGGCAGUUAACUUUCCCGGGCGCCCAGUCACUGCCUAUGGUUACCGUCCAGAUGACCCUUACCUCUAUCCAUUUGGAAGCAGAUAAGCUCAGCAAGAAAUAUUUAUUACUGCUUUUGUAAUACUCCUUGUAUAUAAUUGAAUCUGUAAUGUUUUGUGGAUUCUUGCCAGUAUUGCAUGUUGUGAUAACUAACUUGUGACCUGUACAGUUUUGGGCUGUUUUUAUUUUGAGUAUUUAUGUAAUGACCAAUGCUCUGACAUAAUUGAAAAUAUUAGUUGUAUUUUAUUCUCAUGUAUACUACAAUUUCUGUCCAUCCUUUUGGAUAGCUAAAUGAGUCUGAAGAAUGUAACUGAAGUAGAUGGUCUGAUUUACAAACAGUAGUCUUAAAUAAGUGAACACUAAAAGCUAAUGAGUCUGCUAUUUAAAUUAUAGGGUUUCAUGUUUAUCUAUCUUUAAAGAUAUUUACUGUAUUGAAUAUAGUAUUCCAGGCUGGGUUUAUUCUGCCAUUUAUAGAAAUGGUUACAUAAUUGCAAAGAUACAUAUUUUAGCUCUGAAUAACUUGAAUUGUAUUACUUGCAGGUUGACGCACUACUUUUGUUCUGUUUGUGCUUUAAACUUGUUUCUAUUUCUAUUGCCAUUAAUGUGAUCUAUGAACAAAUGUAAAUUUUAAAUAGAUUUGACACAUGUUCCACCUUACAUUAGCAUUGUAUUUGUUUUGCAUUAUAUGAACCUAUUGAAUUAAUAAAUGAGAACUUAAACAAC